GCACGAGUACGACAAAACUGUGAUCAAUCUUACAUGGAUUCCACUUAUCCAAUAGCGAGAACGAGCCGAUCUGCGAUUUGUAUUUGCGUCCAUGCUUCCUUAACAAACGUAACGGAAAGAUUUUACGAAAAUAACAACGUGCAGAAUUCACGAUCACCUUACGGGUGGAAGAAACGGGUAGAGAUAAACAAUAGACGAGAAUGGCCCUGGACUUUUUCGCCGGAUGUGUGGGAGGGUGCGCCGGUAUUGUGGUGGGAUAUCCUUUGGACACGAUCAAAGUGCACAUGCAAACGCAAGACUAUCGCAACCCGAAGUACAAAGGCAACUGGGAUUGCUUUCGGACGUUACUCGCAAAAGAAUCGGUAGCAGGACUUUACCGGGGUAUGUCGUCUCCGCUGGCAGGCGUGGCAUUGGUGAACGCCGUGAUCUUUGGCGUCUACGGUCAAACCCAAAAAUACAUACCCGAUCCUGCCUCGUUGACCUCCUACUUCGCCGCUGGUGCCUUAGCAGGGAUUGUUCAAAGUCCCAUUUGCAGUCCCAUUGAACUAGCAAAAACACGUAUGCAACUGCAAGCCUCCGCCGCUCGAUUCUCAGGUCCGCUGCAAUGUCUCAAACACGCGUACACGCGCGAAGGAUACCGCGGCGUAUUCAAAGGCUUGAACGUCACGUUACUCAGAGAAGCUCCAAGUUUCGGUGUCUACUUCCUCGUGUACGAAGCUUUGACCAAAAUGCCGGAUAACGUUCCUGUUUCGACGCCGCGCAUGUUGUUAGCCGGAGGACUGGCUGGCACCGCUUCUUGGGUGAUCUCUUAUCCUCUGGACGUGAUCAAAUCCCGAAUUCAAGCAGAUGGAAAUCGUUACGCCGGAUUGAUCGACUGUGUGAGACAGUCGGUGAAAACGGAAGGAUACUCUUGCCUGUACAGGGGACUCAGCUCGACCAUCGUCAGGGCGUUUCCAACAAAUGCCGUGACGUUCACCGCAGUCAUGUGGACUUUCCGACUGUUGGGUCGAGAGAACGUGGAAACGAAGAAAGAAGAAGAACAGAUAUCGAUGGAAUCGAUCGGCGAGAGUCUGGAUAUGCGCGAACCCUUCUUGGAACAGUGGAACAAUUUUUUAACCAGCGUGUCCAGAAGAAUGGCGACUCGUGGAUUACCAUAUUCCACGUUGUCGAUGACGUCCACGGACGAGUUGAAGCUAGAGUGGUCCGUCCAGUACAAAGAUAACGAGAAAUGGACAAAGGAAGGGGUCAAGUACGGGGAACAAACUCGAGGAGACAAAUUUGGCAGAGAAGAGGAAGAGAAACCGACGACAUCCAAGGAGGAUGUCGAAAAUUCGAAAGAACUUGUUGAGAAGAAAGUGGACAGAACUGUAAGACGCUAAACACGAUUUUCUGAGUUUCAGAAAUCUUAGAAAUGUACUAGUUUUAUAAACAAAACUGACGAAAGUACCGAUGAAAAUAUAUCGUUGAGAGGUGAUAUGUGACGUAAUUCGACUGACUCUCGAGAAUUUAUUUUAUUUUUAUAUUCGUGUUAUGAUUUUGUUUGUUGUUGUUGUUGUUGCCGUCGUCGUUGUUGUUGCCGUCGUCGUUGUUGUUGUUAUUGUUGUUGCUGUUGCUGUUGCUGUUGCCGUUAUCCAGCAACCAUUUUUCUCAAAUAAUUUUCCUCGAAAUAAAGAGCUUCGAUCCGCUCCAUGAACGUUAA